GUUGCGGACAGUAAACGUUCAGCGGCCAGCGAUUUCUGCAGUGCUGUGGCCAACCAGCAACCAGCUAGCCUACCCACUCAGAGAAAAAUAUGGAUAACUUAACAGCACAAGUCAACGGCUGUCAGACUGACCCCCUCUGCAUGGGCCCAUGAACAUGUCCACAGAUGACAGUAUCUCUGAGGAUGUGUCCAGCUCAGGAGCUUUGAGCCACUGCCAUGUCAGUGCUGAGGGGGAUGCGGGGAAGGAGAGUGAGACCUCUCUGGUGUCAUCUGAGGGGACAUCAGCCUCGGGCCUGGCCGUCCCUGAGGACAGACACUUGGCCUCCCAAACAGCAGGAGGCACUGUGGAGAGCAGGCCAAUGGCCAUCACACCAGCAUGCAACAAGAUCAGGAGUCUGUGUCUGAGGACAGAGGAAGCAUUUGGACAAGGGAAGAACCUCCCCUUCAUCAACCCAAGCUCCCUCGAGACCCUUCGGGCUUUGGUCCAGGAGAUUCAGAGCAGUGGAGAGACAGACCCCGAGAUCUGGAAGGAUUGUGAGGGUCGAUGGCUGCAUCUGUUUCAGCUGGUUGAGAAGCAAUACCAAGAGCAAAUACUCGCUCAGCAGGAACAAUACCAGUGCCAAAUACAAUUAAUUCAGGAUGAAAUUAAGGCCCUGGUUCAGCUCCAGAACCGCCAGGCCAGUGUCCAUCCACACACAGAGUUCUCUCCAACUUCAGUGACCAAAACUACUACUGACACAAAGGAUUAUAUUUUCCCCUUCAUAUCCAGUGACUGCACAGUCCCCCAAAAUGUGCCCAGUGACAAUGACAGCCUGGUGGCCCCUGCCCAUACCCCUUUUAGCUCCUAUUCACCUCCACCCCACAGAUCAGAAACCACCAACCAGAGGGAGGAGCGCGCGACCACAGUGCUCAGUAGUGGCUACGGGACUCUGUCUGCCUGGGAAACGUGUCUGGAACACGCCGGGUCUCCAGGGGAUGAUGAGGAUGGUAGUCAAGCGAGGGAGAAGCACCACUGGUCGUCUAACUUCCAGGAAGCCACAGAGACAACUGUGAUUGGGUGCCAGCAGAAUUUUUCCGAUGCGAGGCCUCUUGGAGUGGAGGAACUUGACCCAUUGGUCUACCAGCAGAGAGCCUCUGGCACCAGCCAACCUUUGACCUCUUGGGCCCAGAGGCACAAACACAGGCCCAAGAAGAGCAAAGCGGGACAAGCUUCGUCCCAAAUACCUGAGUACCAGGAGCUGGCACGCGGCCCCAAAGAACCCCACAGACAAAAACCCCUUGACAGCGCAGACUCCCAGGACCAGCAUCGACCGGCUGGGCCAAGCACUUUUCCCCUGAGGAGGAGUGACAGCCUGAUGUCUGAGGCAUCAGGUCUCACCUAUUGGCGUCUGAAUGAGAGUGAACUGUAUUGCCCCUUACCCCACAACUUCGACAGCGAUGCUUUCCUCCUUCUGCAAGAGGCAUCCAUCAGUCUGACUCCCCCUCCAGAUCCUGGGCUGACCCUCAGAGAGAUCUAUAGGCACAAGCAAAGAACAGACUGUAAACGUUCAGACUGGGAAGGCUCUGAUAGGUCCAGUCCUUCAUCACCACAGGUGUUGACCUUGGACCCAGCAUUGAACAUGCGGCAGUCCGAUCGCACCUCUGGCUUUACUUCCCCCUCUCACUUCAGCAGCCCUUCGUUUGCCACUCGGCCUCACCUCAACCCCAGAGCCGGGACCCCUGUAACCCCCGACAGCAUGGUGGAGUGUAGUCCCAACCCUGGAGAUACAGACUGUAUCUCCGAUGCCUCCAGUGUUUCAUAUGCCGGGCCUUCCCCCUCCAAGGUGCAACGCUUGUGGGGAAACACUUCCCAGGCAGUCCUAUUUCCCUCCCAGGAUAAGACCCAGCCCUGCUUCCACGUAGCCAACCAGCAACGCAUGGCCAGUGCUCCUUUAGCCAGCGAGGAGGAGGGCAGUCACACCCACACCAGCACCCUGAAGCCUUGUUCAGCCUCUGGUGCUAAUCUGCGGCCUGCAGACAUGGAGAGAGCUUCAUCACUAGAGGACCCUGUUGUCCUUUCUUUACUACGGCAGAACCUGAGAGAGAAGCACGCGCGACAUGUGGCUGAUCUGAAAGCUUAUUACGAGUCUGAGAUCCAAAUCCUGAGAGACAAACUCAAACUCAGAGAUCUGCCCCGGGAUUUAGAGAAGAUCAACCAGGCUCUCACAGAGAGGUGUAAACAUCUAGCAGAAACUCUGGCUGAGGCCACCAGUCGUUUUCAAGAACUAGAAGCAACAAACGGCUCGCUGGAGAAAAAGCUGGCAGAAUGGCCAGAGCGGUAUGCCGUUGCGGUUGCUACUGUCAAAUCUUUGCAGCAGCGACUAGAAGAAAGUAAACGCUCGGGCAAAGAGAAGGAUGCCCUGGCAGCACGAUUGAAGACCCACAUAAGGCAGCUGAAGAAGGCGGUGCAGGAAGCCUACAGGGAGUCAGACGAGAAGGAGGCCAGGAGGGCAACGGAGUACAAUAUGCUGCAGGAGCUGAGCAGAAAGAAUGAUUUUCUGUUAAAGGAGCAUGAGGAAGUCAAGAACAACCUGCUGUUGUUACAGAACAAGCUUGAUGAUGCCAACCAUCAGAUAUCUGAACUGAGGAGAGAAAAAUCCAAACUGGAGUCCCAGGUGAAGCAGCUGGAGUAUGAGAACCAAACCAGGGCUCGUUAUGCUUCCCACAGUAAUGCACAACCCUCUGGGCCUGGUCUCUUCCACCGUCCUGACCUACUGCUGUCACCAAUUAAAAGCAACGUAGAGCCAGAUGUCCCCCGUAGAAAGUCACCUUGUCCUCUAUCCGACCAGCUGAACAGAGGCAGAAAGUCCCCGUUCUCUCAAAGUAACCAAUCAUGUGUCCACAAGAGGUCGUUGUAUACAUUAAAUGGUCAAUCAUCUGGACCCGGAAGAUCUGGUGACACGUCUUUAGCCGAUGGGAGCUGGAGGUGUGCAUCUCCCCCAGAGUGCGAACAGCCUCUGCCUCAGACCAGACACCUGGAGCAGAGCCAGUGGGAAACUGGUCGGAUACAGAACUCCUGUGCCCUGACGCCCAUGAUGAGGGCCCUGAUAGAGCUGGAGGAGACCAGAGCCACUGAGAGCCGGGCCCCUUGGGUCGGCAGUCAGAGAGCCACAGUGGGUUUUGUGGAGCAGCGACACAAAGAGUUGAUUCAGGAGGGAGUCGGGCGUCAGGCAGACAGAGACAUGGUGAAACCUGGUGGAGCUGAGCAAGGAGGAGCAGCAAAAAGUCAAAGUGGAGCGAAAAGGGCUGCAGCUCUGCUGAGGGCUCAGAGGAGUCUGUCUCCAGACGGCCACCGAUCCUCCUCACUGCCUCCUCCAGCACAGCGAACCACACCCACAGCUACACCCACAAAGAGAGAAACCUUACUCCUGCCCCGGUCUGCCAGGUCCAGCCCAAAACGCUGCCCCACUGAGAACUACUCCACUGCUUUUGGUCACAUGUUGCCAAGAGAGGAACUCCUGGUCAACAGAUUUAAUGGCCACGUUGACCAGAGACGUCAUUCAUUCCACAGCAGCAGUCCCAGGAGGAGACUCCAGUUUACAUCAACAGAAAGAAAAGAUGACCUUCGCCAGCCAGAUUCCUGCGGCAGUGUGAACCCACCUGAUGGAAACUCCCAGCUAGGCUGGAAGGAGCAAGGGGCCUGCGGUGGGUCCGACCUGCCGGACACCUGCAAGGACUCAGCCCUGCUUCUCCUGGAUAAACUCAGCUCGCUGGCUGAGGCCGAGAAACUGUUUGACGAGCUGACGCAGGAGAAGCUGCAGAUUGAGGCAGCUUUGAGCCGGAUGCCUGGAGCAGGCGGUAGAGUGACUCUACAGACCAGGUUAGAUGAGGUGGCCUUAGAGAAUCGUCUGGAGAGACUGAAUCGCGAGCUGGGAUCCAUCCGCAUGACUCUGAAGAGAUUCCAUGUCCUCCGCUCCUCUGCCAACAUAUAGACAUGUCUGUCUUUUUACACAACUGUGAUGCUACCACUUAGUAUCGUAGUUUUUAUUCAAAGCACUGAUUGUCCUUCAGUCUCUCCGUGCCAUAACCCCAUCUGUACAGUAACUCCUCUGAAUCAUUUUUAUAUGUAUGAAUUAUUACUCUGGGAUAUUUUUUAUAUGUUAGAAAGAUAUUGCAGUAUAUUUUUAGUAAUACACAGAUUUGUAAGGUUGUUUACUUUUUUAGUCACACAGUUUUAAUCGCCAUGUUUAGGUGUAGAUCUUUAAAUCGGCUAAGCCUCAGUGUAAAUGUAAGCGAUUUAAAAGACUUUCCUGUACAGAUAUUCAUCCACUUUGGAAAUAUCACUGAAUUUUUUUUGUUUUACUUUUGUCGUGGCAUAAAAAUGUAUAAUGUAUAAUAAUUUUUUUUAUGAAAUUAUGAAACUUGAGAUAAAUACUCCGUAAUAUUGUUAACUUGAAUCCAAUCGCCUUUCUUUUUUGUUCACUGUCUGUGACGGCUUGUUCCUUUUUUGCUUAAUGUUUAAAUUUGCUACAGAACUGGAUAAGCGCCACAUUUUCAGUAUCCACACUCGCACAUUUUCCCACUGUCAAAACCUCCGGCUUCUUGCACUACUGCGUUUCUUGCAGUACUUCUUUUUGCCAUGCAGUUGUCCGAAAAUGACAUGGACCUCACUGGAACCAUAAUGUUGUAGUGCACAAUAAAUGGACCUUUUUU